GAGCCCAAAAACCACAACCUUUUUCUCAUACAUUUUUACACCUGGCACACUCUCAUUCAAGAUGAUUUGUCAAGUUCUCCUCAGAGAGAGAUAGAGAGCGUGUUGUCAACGAAUUUCAACUUUACGAAACGAAAAGCGAGAGAGAAAAAUGAAAGCAAAAACAAAAACUGAAAGCAUACGAACGAAAAGCAUUCCGUAUUAUUGUUUUGUAUACUCCGUUUGUGUGUAAAUACUUUUGCCCGUUUGCAAUGCAACACUGUAUUAACUUAACACGACCAGCCAGUCAGCAAUUCUGUAAUGUCAGACAACAGCAGCAGUUCUGAUGCCUUGUCGUGGUAUGCGUUGAAAUUAGUGUAUGGAAACAGUUGAUGAAGUGAAACGUCUGUGCGAGUGUAUCUCUUUCGUAUCGAUUUAGUGUCAAAGCCAGUAAAGAAAACAAGGCAAAUUUAUAAUAAUUUAAUUGUAAUUCGUACAGAAUAAUCGAAAUGUACGAUCCAAGAAACUAUUUUCCAAAAAAUUACCAUUCCACUGGAAUUGGUUUGGUGAACUUAGCCGCACUGGGCUAUAAUAAGAAUGAACAAAGUGCUAGUGAAACACCAAAAACGGGUCUAUAUCCAGCGCUGCCAUAUCCAACAGCACCGCCAGAUCCAAAUGCGGUGCGUUUAAGCUAUGGUGGCAUGCCAACGCCACCACCGCAAAUGCCUGGAAUUCAGCAGUCAACACCAUAUCCACCAUCAUCUGCUAUGCCAUAUCCCCCACGACAAUCGCUAUAUCCGACCUUGGGGCCGCAACCUUCACAAAACGUGCCUUACCCGACUGGUAUGCCACAACCGUAUGCGCCAUACCCAAUGGCGCCAUAUCCGACUGCGUAUCCAUCGUCUGCGGCGCCAGCAUUGCCCUAUCCAUCGAUGCCAACUGGCAUGCCAUUGCCGUAUAGUGUGCCACCACCUACGUCACCUUCCAGCCUCUAUCCGACGAUACCAACACUACCAGAUGGUGCAAUGCCAACAUAUGGUGGUGGUGGUGGUUGUAUUGUAAGUGAGUCAGCGAAUGAGACACUACCAUCAGCAGAUGAGGAGCCCUCUGUGGGGGUGCCGGAGAUACCCUUCUCCGCUGUGAAGGUACCUGAAAGUGAGAAUAUGUUCUGGAUGAAGGAGAAGACGGCUGCAUUGCAAGCAAAAGAUGAUUCACACGUGCCAUAUGAUACGCUACGUAGUAGUUGUUUAGACAACGGCACAAUGUUUGAAGAUCCGGAGUUUCCAGCGAAUAAUGACUCACUUAUGUUUUCACGCCGCCCUGAUCGCUACAUUGAAUGGUUGCGUCCGCAUGAAAUUGCCGAUGAUCCACAGUUCUUUGUUGACGGUUACUCGCGUUUCGAUGUGCAGCAAGGUGAAUUGGGUGACUGUUGGCUGCUGGCAGCUGCAGCCAAUUUGACUUCGGAUCCAAACUUGUUCUUCCGAGUGGUGCCGCCUGACCAAAGCUUUGAAGACAACUACGCUGGCAUAUUUCAUUUUUGCUUCUGGCAGUAUGGCAAAUGGGUGGAGGUAGUUGUGGAUGAUCGUCUACCAACAUACCGUGGAGAACUGAUUUAUAUGCACUCCACGGAGCGCAAUGAGUUCUGGAGUGCUUUGUUAGAAAAAGCAUAUGCUAAAUUACAUGGUUCCUAUGAGGCGCUCAAAGGCGGUACCACAUGUGAGGCUAUGGAAGAUUUCACUGGCGGCGUUACCGAAUGGUAUGACUUGAAGGAAGCGCCACCAAAUCUAUUUAAUAUACUCAUUAAGGCUAUGAAUCGCAAUUCGUUAAUGGGCUGUUCUUUGGAACCAGAUCCAAAUGUAUUUGAGGCAGAAACUCCACGAGGAUUGAUACGUGGUCAUGCCUAUUCGAUAUCGCGCGUCUGCAUGAUCGAUAUACAUACGCCAAAUCGUCAAGGCAAAUUACCGAUGAUACGUAUGCGCAAUCCAUGGGGUAACGAUGCCGAAUGGAAUGGUCCAUUCAGUGAUAACUCAGCAGAAUGGCGUUACAUACCCGAUUCACAGAAAGAAGAGUUGGGACUCACUUUCGAUGCAGAUGGUGAAUUUUGGAUGCCUUUCCAAGAUUUCUUGAACAACUUCGAUCGCGUAGAGAUUUGUAAUUUAUCACCCGACUCGUUGACCGAAGAGCAAGAAGAUAGUGGCAAGCGAAAAUGGGAAAUGAAAAUGUUUGAAGGUGAAUGGUUAUCCGGUGUUACAGCUGGCGGUUGCCGUAAUUUCCUAGAAACUUUCUGGCAUAACCCGCAAUAUGUGAUCACACUGACCGAUCCGGAUGAGGAUGACGAUGAUGGCAAGUGCACCGUCAUUGUUGCAUUGAUGCAGAAGAAUCGUCGUUCCAAACGUAAUCGUGGCAUGGAAUGUCUGACCAUCGGUUUUGCAAUUUAUCACUUAACCGAUCGCGAUAUGGAGGCACGGCCACAAGGUCUAAAUUUCUUCAAAUAUCGCGCUUCUGUGGCGCGUUCACCGCAUUUUAUUAACACACGCGAGGUAUGUGCGCGCUUUAAGUUGCCGCCAGGCAACUAUCUCAUUGUGCCGUCAACCUUUGAUCCCAACGAAGAGGGUGAAUACAUUAUACGCGUUUUCUCUGAAACUGCGAACGUUAUGGAUGAGAACGAUGACUCGGUUGGCUAUUGUGAGGUGGAUGAUCGCAUCAAACCAAAUAUACCGCCACCCAAAGAAGAGGAUCCACAACGUGAGAAUUUACGACGCCUCUUCAAGAGUAUCGCUGGCAGCGACAUGGAAGUGGAUUGGAUGGAACUCAAACGCAUAUUGGAUCAUUCAUUGCGCGAUGUUAUGAUCGAUGGUAACACAUUCUCGAAAGACGCUUGCCGUUCAAUGGUCGCCAUGAUGGACAAAGACCAAUCGGGCAAUUUAGGUUUCGAAGAAUUCGAAUCACUGCUCACAGACAUUGCCAAAUGGAAAGCGGUAUUUAAAUUCUACGAUCGCCAACACAGUGGCGAAAUAGAAAGUUUCCAAUUGCGUGACGCACUCAAUUCGGCUGGUUACCGCCUGAAUAAUCGUGUGUUGAAUGCGCUGGGACGACGUUACACGUCACGCGAGGGGAAAAUCACCUUUGAUGACUUUUUGAUGUGCUCGGUGAAGACAAAGUCAUACAUUGAUAUAUUCCGCGAACGCGACACGGAUGAGUUGAAUCGGGCGACAUUCAGUAUGGAUGAAUGGCUCGAACGCACCGCCUACACAUAAGCUUGCUGCCAAAUUGAAACCGGUGCUGUUAUUAUUCUGCUUUAGCCGAGAUUUGUAGCUACUAUGCCGGCACACCGGUCGCAUACAAAUUGCAGUUAUAACCAGUGUUACCUAUCUCUACAAAUAUAUUAUAAUUAUUAUUAAUAUAUGUAUAUAUAUACAUAAUUUUUUGUAUUUCAUCAAUUAACACACACUUAUGAGUAAUGAAAAGGAAAAGAAAGGAAACAAGUCACGAAGAUGGCAUGGAACAAAAACAAGUAUUCGUUGCUUAUACAUACUUAUAUAUAAUACAACAAAUAAAUGUACAACACAUAUGAAACUAUCUACAAAGCGAGUGCAAAUUUUAAGACUUUAAGCAACAACUUCGAAGAUGUACGUUAGUAUAAUAAAUAAAACCAGUUUUCUUAUACAUACAUAUCCACUAUGUGCUUAUAUGUCUACAUAUAUGUAUAUAUGCUUA